AUGGCACCGAGACCCCUCGUUCCUGGUGUUUACGUUCCUACAGUGGCCUUUUUUGCCCCCAACGAGGACGUUGAUAUCUCCACCGUUGAAAAGCAUGCCGCCUAUCUGGCGAAGAGUGGAGUUGCCGGCAUCGUCGUGCAAGGAAGCAACGGCGAAGCAGUACACCUUGAUCGCGAAGAGCGCAACCUCAUCACAGCUGCCACGCGUAGUGCUCUAGACUCCAACGGCGCCGCAGCUAUGCCCCUCCUCGUGGGCUGCGGCGCCCCCUCCACACGCGAAACCAUCCGUUUCUGCAUCGACGCCGCAAAUGCAGGCGGCGACUAUGUUCUUGUCCUGCCCCCCAGUUACUACAAGGCCCUGGUCUCGACAAGCGCCAUGCUCGACCAUUUCCGCGCCGUUGCAGAUGCAUCGCCCAUCCCUGUGCUCGUGUACAACUUCCCCGGCGCCGCCGCAGGCCUUGAUCUCUCUUGCGACGACAUCCUCACUCUCUCACAGCAUCCCAACAUCGUGGGGACCAAGCUCACCUGCGGCAACACCGGUAAGCUCGCCCGCAUCGCAGCCAAGGCUGAACCGCCUUUCCUCACCUUCGGCGGAUCCUGCGAUUUCACCCUGCAGACGCUCAUCGCGGGCGGGGCGGGUGUCAUUGCCGGCACGGCCAAUUUGAUCCCGCGCACCUGCGUCCAGACCAUGGACCUCUACCGUGCUGGGCGCGUCGAGGAAGCCCAGAAGGUGCAGGCAAUCGUGGCCCGUGCGGACUGGCACGCGAUCAAGGGUGGGUUUAUUGCGGUCAAGAGCGCUCUUCAGUCUUACCGGGGAUACGGCCUGCCGCCGCGCCGGCCGUGCGUUGCACCCUCAUCGGAAGAAAUGGCCGCCUUGAAGGAGGCAUUCAGGGAGGGGAUGGAGUUGGAGACGAAAUUAGAAGCAGCUUCACAUUGAUAGGCUGGGAAUUUUGUUUUUUUUUUUUUUUUCAUGAAUGAAUUUGAAUGUCUACCUACCAGAUACGAGCCUGUAAAUCACCCAUUCCAUCGACCCAGCUAGCUGCUUAGGUUGCGUGUCGUAUAGAAUACGAGAGAAAUCUA